UUUCCUAUACAAAACGGUGCCGUUGGAAAGAGAGCAGAACCGCCGAAAAAAGGAGUGAAAUUCCUAGACGUCGCCGUUUAGGGUGUGAGAUAAAUUUUCCUCGACCCCCGAUUAUUUAUUCCCCAUAGGAGGCAAAAGAAAGAAGGAAGGACGGAAGAGGGAGAAAAAUGCCGCUGGCUAGACCCGAAUCAUUGGAUUCCAGAAUCAUUGCUCACAUUGACAUGGAUUGCUUCUACGUUCAAGUGGAGCAGCGGAAGCAGCCACAUUUAAGGGGUUUGCCUACUGCUGUUGUGCAGUACAAUGAGUGGAAAGGUGGAGCUUUGAUUGCUGUUAGCUAUGAGGCUCGAAAAUUUGGAGUGAAGCGUUCCAUGCGAGGUGAUGAAGCAAAGCAAGUAUGCCCUCAAAUUCAGUUGGUCCAAGUCCCUGUAGCACGUGGUAAAGCUGACUUGAAUGCUUACCGCAAUGCUGGUUCUGAGGUGGUUUCCAUUCUUGCAAGGAAGGGUCGAUGUGAGAGGGCUUCCAUUGAUGAAGUUUAUCUUGAUCUUACUGAUUCUGCAGAAGCUAUGCUAAAAGAAAGUCCUCCGCAUAGCUUGGAAUCAAUAGAUGCGGAAGCUCUCAAAUCACAUGUUUUGGGGCUUAAGAAUGAGAAUGGACAUGAUGCGAAAGAAAAGGUAAGGGAGUGGCUAUGUAGGAGUGAUACUGAUCACCGGGAGAAGUUAUUAGCUUGUGGGGCCAUCAUAGUUGCAGAACUUAGAAUGCAAGUUUUGAAGGCUACUGAAUUUACUUGUUCUGCUGGCAUUGCUCAUAACAAGAUGCUGGCCAAACUUACAAGUGGUAUGAAUAAACCUGCACAACAAACUGUUGUGCCCUUCUCAUCUGUGAAAGCAUUGCUUGAUUCGUUGCCAAUCAAGAAAAUGAAACAGCUCGGAGGGAAACUGGGGACUUCCUUACAAAAUGACCUGGGUGUAAACACUGUUGGAGGCCUGCUGCAGUUUUCAGAGGAGAAGCUACAAGAUCGUUAUGGCAUAAAUACAGGUACCUGGUUGUGGAACAUUGCUAGAGGGAUCAAUGGGGAAGAAGUUCAGGUACGCCUUCUUCCUAAGAGCCAUGGUUCUGGCAAGUCAUUUCCGGGUCCUCGGGCUUUAAAGACAAUUGUUUCUGUCCAGCACUGGAUCAAUCAACUCGGUGACGAGCUCAGUGAACGUCUAUGCUUUGAUUUGGAACAAAACAAGCGGAUGGCACACACCCUUACCUUGCAUGCAAGUGCAUACAAGUUGAGUGACUCAGAUUCACAUAAGAAGUUCCCUUCAAAAUCUUGCCCUUUGAGGUAUGGGACUGCCAAGAUUCAAGAAGAUGCAUUCAACCUGUUUCAAGCUGGAUUACGUGAGUAUUUGGGCUCGUGUGGAGUAAAAAUUCAAGGAAGUAAUCACAAUGGAUGGGGAAUAACAGCUCUUUCUGUUUCAGCAAGUAAAAUUGUUGCUGUACCUUCUGGAACAUGUUCAAUCAUGAAAUAUUUUCAAGGCCAGUAUCCAUCCCACUCAUCUUCAAAGCAAACUCCAGAUACCUUCAUCCAAGAAUCUGCACCACUAUCGUCAUCAGGCUUCAUGUCAGGUACUGAAAGCUAUUCAGAACUGAAAUCAGCUGAGCCACAAAGUGACUAUAAUUUUCCUUGUUUGGAUCUACAAGGACAGAAAAUCAGUGAAUCGAGAGAUAAAGAUUCAUUUUGCUCUUCGCCCAAACAAGCAAAAGAUGGCUUUGCCCUAGAAACUUCACAGCCAACUUCACAGCCAUUACCCUCAGGUGGUGAAAGUUGUUCAGCAGUAAACCAAAGCAACUCACGGGGAUGUUUCUUUAGGGAUGACACUAGGGUUAUACUGCCUAAAUUAGAACAACAGGAACAGAAAAGAAAUGCCUUGGAAGACAAGGGCACAAUCCUCAAGUUCUUCAAGAAGAGCAAUCCCUCUUGCUCUAAACCAAAACUGGAGAAUGUUGGCGUGGUUCAAGAGUUGAAUUUAGGUUUAGAAGCGAAUGAAGUUGAGCUGCCAAAGGAGAGUCUUCUUCUUGCAGAGUGCAGCACAAAUGAUUGCAGACAUAGUUUAAGUCAGAAUGUACAUAGAGAAGCAUGGCAUUACAAGAUUGAUGAGAUUGACCCAUCAGUGAUUGAUGAGUUACCACAAGAAAUCCAAGAUGAAGUUCGGUCUUGGCUUCGGCCUCGCAAGCGGCCUAAUACAGUUAAACAAGGUUUGACCAUAGCCCAUUAUUUCCCUCCAACUAAAGCAACAUAGGCAAUGAGUGAUAGUGAACCUUGACACCCUGCAUAGGAGUAUCAUCCAACUUAAUUGUGAAGCAUUGUACUACUGGAUUUGAUGGACUGUUUUAUUUGGGGAGAAUUACGUUGGACUGGGGCAUAAAAAUCUAAAUGUCUAUGGGUAAAUCCGUAUAGUGAGGUGUGUACAUUGUGUGAUUUGAGAUAGGAUGCAAACAUGCUGUCUUACUGCCCAAGAAAACAGAACUUCAAAGUGUAUUAUGAAGGUUACAUGUACAGCCGUAUGGAGAAAAUGAUAAUGGUGGUUUUGGCCUACAA